AUGGGGAUCAGAUGGCUCUUGAGACCCUUUCGGAUGCUGGGAUAUACCAUGCAGGAUAAAGAAUGGGAAUGGUAUAGCGUGCACGUGAAUAACGGUCUCACGGUCCCACCUUCCCAGUCAAAAUUGAAAAUCCAAAGUCUCACGGUCUCACCUUCUCCGUUCUCGUCGUCGGUCGUCCACUCGUCGGCUCGUCCUCGGGCAGCAGCGGCAGCUCCGGCCCCGGAGGCGGAACGGGGGGACUCGCUGGCCGCCGCCUCGCCGAGGAGGUUGUCGGCUUGUUGCCGCGACGCCGCCUCGCCUGUGAGGCUGAGCCUGAGCGACUCCGCGACGGACGACGGUCCUCGCCUCCUCGGGCAGCUCCGGCGCCGGAGGCGGAACGAGGGGAGUCCCGUGAGUCCGGGGGGACUCGCCGCCUCGCCUGUGACUAAAGGGCGGCGGGCAGGUCUCCGGCAGUGGGAAGCCGGCGAAGGAGGCCCCCGGAUGAACGGGGCUGUCGAAGUACGGCGGCCGUUGGACGUAUCUGUGUUCGUGUUCGGAUCGGCUGCGGCCCACGGCGACAAGGUGACGCUGGCCGGGUACUGCCCGGUCUCCGACGAGCUCGAACCGUGCCGGUGGGAGAUCAUCACGACCGCUGGGUCCGAUGCUCCACUGUUCCGGAAUAGUCUUCUGUUUGAUGGGUGCCUCUCGAAAACAAACUCCUCAACAUUCUCUCUAUUCUUUAAUAUAAAAGGAACGCGAAACUUUAAGAUCACUGGAUGCAUCAAGUUGCUGUUUUGAUGAUCACGACGAAUUGUGCCUCAAGAAUAUAAAGUUUGUGCCUGAAAUUGUUAAUGUUUUCUUUUUGCUGAUGGGAAUUUGAUUUUUGGCUUGAGUUCUAUUGCAAGUUCUAUCAAAACCAAUUUCUUUAAAAUAGGACAUCUAAUGCUGUUCAAUUUAAUUUUCCUGAUCUGUUUGUAGAACUAAAAUAGUACCAAUCCAGA